AUGUCCCUACAACUUGCAAAUAGGUCAGUUAAAUUUCCCUUGGGUAUACUUGAAGAUGUUCCUCUUUGUGUGGGAAAAUUCUUUAUCCCAUGUGACUUUGUUGUGAUGGAGAUGGAAGAGGAUGCACAUGUCCCCAUUAUUCUUGGUAGACCAUUCUUAGCAACUACAGGUGCAAUCAUUGAUGUGAAGAAUGAUAAAAUCAAUUUUGAGGUGGGCGACGAGAAAAUGGAAUAUUCACUCUUGAAUGCUAUGGGAACUCCUUCCAUGGGAGAGACUAUUUAUGAUGCACUUAAAACGGUGUUGGUGGGGAGUGCCAAUGAGAAAGAUUGGGAAAUAAGAGAGUACACACGGCAACUUGAAGAAGGAAAAGCCAAUCCAACCGCCGCUCUUGUGAAGGAAGUCCUUAGUGCAUCGAGUGUUGGGGAGAGUACUACGCCUCCCGAGGAAAAAUUUCAUUUUAUGGUACAACAAGAACUUAUUCUAGGCCAAGUGGUAUCACAUAAGGGUAUUGAGGUCGAUAAAGCAAAAAUAGAGGUAAUUGAGCGACUACCCCCUCCUAAUUCUGUAAAAGGAGUUAGGAGUUUUCUUGGUCAUGCAGGAUUUUAUAGACGAUUUAUUAAGGAUAUUUUAGAAAUCGCUCGACCUCUAACUGAGCUUUUGGCCAAGGAUACCCCAUUUUUAUUUACUGAUGCUUGUCUUGAAGCUUUUAAUAGGUUGAAGGAAGCUUUGAUCUCUGCUCUUGUUUUGCAACCCCUGGAUUGGACCCUACCAUUAGAGAUUAUGUGUGAUGCUAGUGACUAUGCGGUAGGGGGCGUCUUGGGGAAACGAAAGGAUUAA